AUGUUUCACCCAGUGAAAUUAAAUGUGGGCGGGGAGGAAUUCCUCACUACCACAAGGACACUGAGAAACUGUCCGGGAAAAAACGAUCUAAGUAUUUUUCGGAAGAUGAAUCUCCCGCGUUCGGGAGUAAUGUUCAUCGACCGAAAUCCUGAAAUGUUCGUAUUGAUAAUGUUUUACCUGCAGGACGGAAUAAUAAGAAUUCGCUACGAUGAGCAUCGUAUUGCAUUGCUGCAAGAGGAUGCUAAGUAUUACGGCCUCAAUCACCUCGCUGGGAGACUUCGUAAUCUUCAGCCAUUCGAUGACUACCUAACUAUUGUUGCGAACAGAGAGUUUGAUCCAUGUGAAAUCGUUGGUGCGGAGGAAGAAGGAGCAGAUGUCUCAUCUGACACCUCUGAUAGUUAUGAAGAAUUCGUGUUCGAAACACGUGCUUCCGAUGUUUUGGGUAAUCGUUCAUGGUGGGAGUGUUACUAG